GUACGCGCGUCACCAGCGCACAGAGGAGCUUCCCGACGCGAGGGGAGCAAGGAGAGAUGUGUGGAUCACGACCAUGGGAGGCGUUGAAUAUGACAUUACACAUAUCCUAGCUAACUGACGAUGUUCUGCUUUUACGGUAUAUGUUUCCACCCUUUGUGUGAGUGAGUGGUAUACCCAGAUGAGCUGGACACGGAGAUCCUGCACCGUCUUUCGCGUCUGCCUCCCACUUGAAAAGCUUCCUGAGCUACGUGGACCGUAAAACCUCGGCUCGGUCCUUUCGGUUAUGUUGUAGUUCACUAGGAAGAAGCGGUGUGCGUUCUUGUUUAUUGUUUUUGUUUGGAUCCAAGAAAUGUUGGCAUGGCCGCCUCGGGAGCACAGAAGUGUCCGAAGAGUGAGAAGUUGGACGAGGCGCAGGCUUUGGCCAAGAGCUGCGCGGGGAGACCAGACUUCCUGCCUUGUGAUGGACUCUCCAUCUGCGCUACUCACAGCCACGGGAAGUGCUUCAAGCUGCACUGGUGCUGCCACUUGGGCUGGUGUCACUGCAAGUAUGUGUACCAGCCCAUGACCAAUGUGUGCCAUCUGCCCACCACAGCCGUGCCACCUGUUGGGACAGAGUACAGUAACACCAUGGACCUGUCCGUAUCGCUGACUGAGCGCUUCCUGAAGCUCGCCCCAUGCUUCCAGUCUCCGCCUCACCUGGAGUCGCCCAAGUACUGCGUCAUCGCGGAUCUGUUUGUGGACGACUACAUAGUCAAACGCAUUAACGGAAAGAUGUGCUACGUGCAGCGCCCUCCGCCUCCCUUACCAGAACCACCUCAUCCUCCUACCCCUCCCCCGCCUGCUCCCACUACACCUGCUCAGCCUCGUCAACCAGUGAAGCCUGCACCGCCAACCCAACACUCACCUGCUGCACCUGCACCUGUGCAGCCAGUCCAACAGGUGUACAGUGAACACAAACAUCCCUCCCCCGUGGAUAAGAUAAAAGGCCCCAAAAUGGACCACUGCUCCUCUCCGUCCAGCUCCGAGGACUCCGGCAUCAACGCGCUGGGCCUGCACUACUUGGAGUCCUGCGAGGAGGAGAGUGAGGAGGAGGACGAGGACGAGCUGAGCACAGAUGGGAACUCCAGCCCUGGCAGCCUCUGGGAUCAGGAUGAUUGCUCUCUGCUCUCCCCCUCCAAGUCUAUGAUAGAGAUCAUCGAAAAGAUCGAAACAACUGUGUAACUGACGCAACAUCGAGCAUGGACACCCGCUGUGAGGGAGCGUGAUCUACAGACCAGAAUAAUAUUGUUGAGAGUAACACUCAAGGAUUUAUUCUAUAUGGACCAAUAGGACACAAACCCCUCUCUAACGCUUCAGUAGGGCUUUGCUGGCUUGUUUUGAGUUGAAUUUGUUUUCCUACAGGUGGCCAAGGACUGUACGUCUGCACUCACACACAGCCUUUCCUCUGUCCACAUCCCCAGCAUGGAGUGAAUUUCUAGAACUUAUUAGCGUACAGGAGAAAGAGGAAGCACAGGAAAAUCAAGCACAGUGGACCAAAUAGACCUCUUGUACAUGGUAAUUAUACAGUGAAACACCUAAAAUACAAAAGGACUCUAUAGUUCCAUCAGAGGAAAGAGGGACUUUUUUUCUGGGACUUCUCUUUAGGUAUUACUGGAGCUAAAUUGUGUAUGAACAAAGGUGGUGUAAGUAGGUUUCAUAACAAUAGUGAGCAGUUAGGUAAUUCUUAGUGUUCUUAAGUCGUCAGUCUGACUUUAUACUAAUUCAAUAGUUAAGUGGCAGAUAACUGUGCCAUUUCUUGUUCUCCGGUCAGUGGCUCCACCCACACCCACAUCAGUAAUUCUGACACUUCAGCAUAAUAAGUACAAGGCCAGCUACCUCUCAUGGGCCUAAAGCACAUCAGCCUUUUAACCUGUUAAUUACUCAGCACCGAGCUGCCGGGACACACCUGCUUUUAUCACAUAAAUUAAAAAGAUUCCCCACCCAUAGUUUGUCUGCACUUUACUGACACCAACACAAGCAGCAGCAGGUAGGUAGGUAGGUCAGUGUUCGACAAUCAAGGAUUUCACAGAAGCACAUUCCUACACUGUACCUGCCAGCGAGGACCAGGGAUAUUCUUAUAGGUUCUAAAAAACAUUUAUUAUACAUUAACACAAAUGUCAAGCUGGACUGAACGAAAGAGCUGUCCAAGGUUAAAUGGAGCGUUAAGCACAACAUGACUUGUAUUGGCCUCUGUUAGGAGCCAAGAAAUUAAAUAGCACGGCUGUGGCUCCGGUAGAGCUACAGUGACAAAAGUAGGAGUCACAUUGUCACAGCAGUAACUAGUAAGACACCUAGUGAAGAAGGAAUGAAUGGAAAAAAAAACUAUAUAUAUAUAUAUAUAUAUAUAUAUAUAUAUAUAUAUAUAUAUAAAAUAAAAAUGCAUUGUUUGCUUUUUGGGCUUGACAGUGAAAUGUCUUGUGAUGGCGGCUAAAAGGGAAGUCUGGGAACGUGUGCAGGCUAGGCUAGACUAAUAUGUUAUUUCGUGCUACAGGGCAGAAAAAUAUCACUUAAUGCACCUUUAAAAGGAAAUUACAGUAUGGAAUAGAACGCUGAGUAGGUGUAGAUGUUGUGAUGGACAUGAUAUUGUUAGAGAUGCACUCAAAUAUAAAAUGUGUGAGACAGCCCUUUUUAGUGCAUUAGUAAAAUGAAGAUGGGCUGGGUCCUUUACUUUUCUUUUGAGAUAGUUCUUGGAGUGUUACUUGCAAAAUCACUAAAAAUAUUCACAAAUAUGUAUUGCUACAGUGCUACACUAUGUAAAAGCAGAAUUUUGUCAUUUUGCAUGACUGCAUUUAUUUGCAGAAGUCCCUCAUGUCAAAAACUAAUCCAACAAAUUUGUGAUUCAGUGUGUUCAAAGAGCGAACAAAUCCUGCAUUUGUUAUUCAAAUAAAAUGUUUUGUAUUCAGGGACAGCCCUUGACAUGACACUGAACACGGUCCCUCUUACAGUAAUGCAGUUUAAAACAUGUCUAAUGUUCUUAUUGUUAUAUUAUUUUCAUAUGAAUAAAUCUUAAUGAAACUCAAA